GUAUUUGCAUUAGCAGCAGACUCGAGGCAGACGUCAGGGAGCCGCAUUACUGCACUUGUAGCGGAAGACUUCAAACUUGUGCAAACUUUGAAAGGAAAGACUUCGCAUGAUAGGGUUGGGGUGUUUAAAAAAAAUUAAACACACCAAAAACCUCUGAAAGUAAAACAAGAUCGUAGACCACAUACAAGGUUUUGCUUCUCUUUCUGGCUUUAAAAAAAUAUAUAUAAUUAAAGACAGGACAGAGGGAUUGUACUUCUUCUGCGCGGAGGAAUACAGAGCUCCAAUAGAACACUGCUGCUGCUGCUGCUCCAGCGCGCACACGGAGAUCGCGGACACGCAGCCGCGGCUGUUUUUGCUGAAUUAUCCGCAAGCUUUCAGCUCAUGAUUUUCUCAUCUGCCGUCCUCUUCCGUCCUGUUAUCUCCGGGUUGUAAUCAAAGAGACAGAGACAGAGGGAGAGAGGGUUUUUUCUUUGUUUUGUUUAUUUGUUUUGUUCUUUUUGUUUAAGUUGACAAUGUCUAUUUUACCUUUCACUCCUCCUAUCGUGAAAAGACUUCUGGGCUGGAAAAAGGGAGAGCAGAACAGCCAGGAGGAGAAAUGGUGCGAGAAGGCAGUGAAAAGCCUGGUGAAGAAGCUGAAGAAGACGGGACAGCUGGACGAGUUGGAGAAAGCCAUCACCAGCCAGAACGGAAACACCAAGUGCAUCACCAUCCCGAGGUCACUGGAUGGAAGGUUACAGGUGUCUCAUAGGAAGGGUCUCCCUCAUGUGAUCUACUGCCGGCUGUGGCGCUGGCCAGACCUUCAGUCUCACCACGAGCUCAGAGCCAUGGAGCUGUGUGAGUUUGCUUUCCAUAUGAAAAAGGAUGAGGUGUGUGUGAACCCCUACCACUAUCAGCGCGUAGAGACACCAGUUCUGCCACCAGUACUGGUCCCUCGGCACACAGAGAUUCCCAGUGAGUUUCCUCCUCUGGAUGACUACAGUCACUCCAUCCCCGAAAACACCAACUUCCCAGCUGGCAUUGAGCCACCGAGCAACUACAUUGCAGAAACACCUCCUCCAGGCUACCUCAGUGAGGAUGGCGAGACCAGUGACUAUUCCUUGAACCCUAGCAUGGACACAGGAUCUCCAAGCCUUUCACCAAAUUCUUUAUCUCCACCACCGAGCAACUUAGACCUGCAGCCUGUGACGUACUGUGAGCCAGCGUUCUGGUGCUCCAUCUCCUACUACGAGCUGAACCAGCGGGUGGGCGAAAUCUUCCACGCAUCCCAGCCCUCCCUCACAGUAGACGGGUUCACCGAUCCAUCCAACUCGGAGCGUUUCUGUCUGGGCCUGCUGUCCAAUAUUAACCGCAACGCUGCCGUGGAGCUCACUCGCAGACACAUCGGCCGAGGAGUACGUUUGUACUACAUAGGAGGCGAGGUGUUUGCUGAGUGUCUCAGUGACAGUGCUAUCUUUGUUCAGAGUCCCAACUGCAACCAGCGCUAUGGCUGGCAUCCCGCCACCGUCUGCAAGAUCCCACCAGGCUGUAAUCUGAAGAUCUUCAAUAAUCAAGAGUUCGCUGCUCUUUUGGCCCAGUCAGUGAACCAAGGCUUCGAGGCAGUGUAUCAGCUGACCCGCAUGUGCACCAUCCGAAUGAGCUUUGUCAAGGGCUGGGGAGCUGAGUACAGGCGACAGACAGUCACUAGCACCCCCUGCUGGAUAGAGCUGCACCUCAACGGACCCCUGCAGUGGCUGGACAAGGUGCUCACCCAAAUGGGCUCGCCGUCCAUCCGCUGCUCCAGCGAAUCUUAGGAAGGACCUUCUUAGUACCACCACAGGAAGUAGCCAAAACCAAAAAAAAAAAAAAAAAACCCACAAGCAUAUUCCUGUAAAUAUACAUAUUCCUACAGGAACUGACAUCUUAAAAACCAUGAGUCAAUAGGAAACUAGUCUGACAAAGCCUACCCACUUUCAGUAGCACUUUCACACACGUUCAUCCCAAAGAGGAAGUGUGUAUUAAACAGUACAGUUUUUAUUUGUCCACAUUGGUUUUCGCCGACGUCCUUGUUAGCUUUUAUUUUGUAUUUUGGUGAACUGAAUGAGUUGGGUUGAUCAUGUGUACUGUAAAUUUCCCUUUGUUGUUUUUUCUGUGUACAGUGAAAUAUUAAUGGAUUUUUUUUUCUUAGUUAAAGCUGUAGUUGUUUAUAUUUUGGUUAAUUUUCUUUGAACAAAUUAAGAGAGGUAAGCUUAUUAUGUAGUAUAUUAUAUUUGUUAUUCUGACAUCGUGAGGUCGUUGGAAGAGGUGUCGUUCCAUCAGCUGCAUGUUUGUCAUUUGAUUUUUAUCUUAACUGACUUUUUUUUUUUUUUUUUCUUUUCUUUUUGGAAAAGUUUCUGAGAGAUAGAACUAAGCACAUCACAUUUACGGAGCCAGUUAAAAAGAGCCCUGCCCAUCAUUAGCCAUAAUUCCUGCAGGGCAGAACUGAAAUUAUUAACAUUAAUUGUUGAAAGCAUGCGCUAGCAGUUUUCAAGGUAAUAUCUGUUCACCACAACCGAAGUGUAGGUGUGGUUACUGCAGAUGAGAAUUUCAGCACGUCUUCCUGUACUGAGAAAAAAAAAGAAAAAAAAAGAAGAAAAAAAAACAGAAAUCCUGUUUACUCAAAACUCACCUUUGAUGCACGUCUAACUGCAGGUGUUGCGGUAUCAGUAAACAGUUCUGUGUUUUAGAACAGAUUCAUUAAUACUUUAUGUCAAAGGUUCAAAAGAGUGAGCUUAGAGAGUGGCGGUUGUAUCGCUUUUAUCAUCCCAGGAUCUGCAUUCUCAGAGAGUAACAGAUUCUUGUACUUUAUUAUUGAUGUACAGUUUAAAGUAUUUUUAGAUCAGAUUUUGCGUAGUAGUCUAGCUGUGUAUGGUGGUCUGGGACAGCUUGUCAUGUUUAUGUCAAAUAUUAAAAAAAAAAGCAUAAAACAUAACUUGACAUCUCUGCUUUAAGAAACUUAAUAGAAAAUAUUUUAUUUAAUAUUAAAUUUUUUUUUUAGAGCACCAGAUCACCAGAUCGUACAUGCAAAAAAAGGCAGUAUUUAAAAAAGAAAAAAAGACGUCUAGACGUCUAAACCUUGGCUGGCUAAACUUGAUUUCACUUGUUGCUUUUGAACAUCUACAGUACAUGCGUGCUGUAGCCAGAAAGGAAAGUCUAAUCAAUGCAGUUUGUAAUCUGAUCAAAAACCUUAAUGACGCAUAACGAAGCGUACUUUAGAAAUACUACAACGUUAAUCAUGUUUGAGGUAGACGCAGAAGAGAAAUAAAUCUACAGAACGUAGAAACGUCAAAGGGUUUUCCCAGCGUGCCGCACAAGGAAUUCCUUAACUCUCAUUAGACAUGAAUUUCUGUUCUCAGUACAGAGGAAUGUGUGGAAAUUCUUUGCGGUGAUCUUAACUUACGCUACACUUACAGGUGAAAGAGAUUAGGUUGAGAAAGUGUGCCUUAAAUAUUUUUGGAACGCUGUACCAUGAUCGAGCCUUGGCGUUGCCAUGGGCGGUCACACUACCGCAUAGUUUGCGGCAUUAAGAAAACAGAAUGAUGGCGGGCGGAGGGGGAAGGGUGUCACUGUAGAUUACUGACAGAUGAAAGGUUGUUAUUACUCUUGUGGUAGAGCCCCACAUCAGUGUUUUUAAUCUGUCUACAUGGAGCAGUGCCAAAUCUCGCACAGUGCAUGUGUGUGUUCUCUUAAGAUGUGCUUAUGGUAGCUGUUUAAUCUGUGUGCCAGCUGUCUCUGCUGUAUGUCUCUAUGUGUCUGGCCAGGCUCCUGGUGAGUUCAGAUAUCCCCGUCUGUGAGGCACGGUUGACACUCAGACCUCCUUCCUGUAUGUGGAAGGUGCGUGUAACCGAUAUCCGUGCUUAAGCUCUGGCACCGUGUGAGUCCGCUCUAUAUUUGCAGCAGUCCAGUUCCCUGGGUGGUUUGUGAACAACAAAUAAACUGGUCAUUACAUUGACGAGAUUAAAGAGGAGUUCGGAUAUCAAUUGACAAUUUGUCAUAACGGCUCACAUUGCUUUUCUGUUAACGUGAAUUAAAUUUGAAUUCAUUUUGUUUGUCAGUUGUACAGACAGAAAUCCGACCUGUUGCCAUUCAACCAUGAACUGAGGUUUCUUGUUGCUGUGUACAGUAUGUUUAUGUUAAAUAAGGUUAAUUCAUCUCAAAAAUCACCUCAAUCUAUGAAUGAUGUAGAAUUAUUUGCCGUACUAGGUGUUCCAAAUUAUUAAGUGAAGCAGCAUGUAUUGUCAUUUUAAUUAUGAUAUAACUAUUUGUUAAUGUUUAGACAGACAGAGGAACUACACUAGUAGUUUAGUUAAGCAUAUGGGGUGCUAGCAUUACGUACAGUAUACUGUAUAUACCGAUCAGCCAUAACAUUACAAUGCAAAACAUUAUGGCCAGUAUUGUAUACCGUAGGUUCCCCCUGUGCCACCUCUCCACAAGACUCCACAAGAGCUCUGGGUGUGUGUUUUGGUGUCUGGCACCAGGAUGUUGGCACCAGUUCCUUUGGGUGCUGUAGGUUGCAGGCUGAGGCCUCCAUGGAUCAGACUUGUUUGUCCAGCUCAUCCCAUGGGUGCUUAAUCAGAUUGGGAUGUGGGGAGUUUGGAGGCCGGGUUCUUUACCUGCUGGGCGCCGUGUGCAGAAAACUCUGAUGCACUCUGUGGUCUUAUGAUUUUUUACGGCCAGCAUUGUCUUUUUUUAUUUUUUAGCAUUGUGAAAUGGCUUUUCUGUGGGUUGGACCAGACGGGCUAGCCUUUGGUCCACACAGGCAUACAGUAAAUGAGUCUUAGGUGUCAGUGACCCUCUCACCAGUUUAACUGUAUAAUGUGGUAAUGUUAUGGCUGAUUCGUGUAUAGUUUAGACAAAAUCCACACUAGGCUGCUCCAAUCUCUCAAGUGUCAGUUUAGAAGAGUCAGUACAAGUUUCGAAAACACAUAUGCACCAAAUUUUGUAAGGUGCAUUUAUCAUGUUUUGGACCUUACAUCUGUAAGUAAUAAGAUUCUAAAUAUAUUACAUUCAUCAUU